UACGAAUACGAAUAUUCAUACCUGCGCAUGUUCCAACCAUCAAAAUUCGACCUAGAUUGCGGGCACAGUCGCAUCUAAAAGGAUACCGGGAUUUAUGCUUAUAUAUGUGCCCUCAAUUACUAGUGCUCUCUAGCCACAACGGAGAGGCCGCUGCGAUAUCUUAGGAACCAACCCCUUCGUCGUCCUCUGUCCAGUAUAUGCCUGCCCCCGUCGUGGCUGGCACCGACUCGAUUCCCUGAACCCGUUUAUCGCAUAUAAUAACAAGGAAAGAUUAAGAAAAGGCAACAUCCGGGGGCCUUGCGGGGUCGCGACCGCUGGCUUGGAGAAGCUUGGUCUGUUUGUUUGUCUUGAGUAGUAGGAGCCGUCAAAAUGGAAGACGAUGACAGAGAAUCCAACGCAAGCUCCGAUAAUGAACAGGAUGAGGUGAUGGAGGACGCCGUCGAGGAGCCCGAGGUCGAAGACAACGAUGGAGAAGACGAGGAAGAUAAUGAAAACGAGAAUGAUGACGAGGAGGAAGACGACGGCGAGAACGAAGAUGCAGACGUGAUGCAAGACAAGUCUAAUGACGAUAAGACGGUCACCGGGAAGGAGAUGGCCACCGCCGCCAUCGAUGGAGGAGACGGCGCUUCCACGGCGAGCCAGAAACGUCCAGGUAGCAGUGGCAGCAAUGCCAACGACGGCAGCAAGGAUGAUCGUGUGUCAGGAAAGGCACCAGAGACGGAUGCGACGCGGGAAAAGACGCCGGCGGCCCCAAUCAAGCCCGGGUGGCGACCCAAGAUAGACCCGACGCGCAUCUCGGCGCGGCUUUACGACAUUGUGCCCACCAUGGCGGCUCCGCAGGCGACUAGUAUUAAUGCCUUUGCUGCGACGCCCGACCAGCGCUUCUGGGUCACCGGAGGGUCAGACGGAUACGUGCGCAAGUACGAUGCCCAGGGGACCAUAAACGGCAAGCUGCCGUUGACGGUUGCGCAGCGUCACCCAUUUGUCGACUCUGUUGUCAAGGCCGGCAUUCUGAUGAGCUACUGGGAAAACGAGGAGGUGUCAGGGCCCAGCGGCGGCAGUAGCAGUACCAGUGCUGGAGUCGGAGGUGUCGGGAGCAGUAGCGGGGCCUUGGCCUUUGGGGUCGGCGCCGCUACCCACGACCACGUCCUCAGCCCCGUGUACAGUAUCGCGGUGCAGGCCCAGGGGCUGUGGGUACUGUCGGGCACAGAAGGUGGCGGCAUCAAUCUGUCAAGUGGGCGGCACGAGGAAGGCAAGCGGAUUGCGUGCUUACACAAGCACAGUAGCGCUGUCAGCGUGCUGACCAUGUUACCGGACGAGAAGACAGUGCUGAGUGGCAGCUGGGACAAAACAGUUGCCGACUGGGAUCUUAACAAUGGCCAGGUCCGGCGCACCUUUGUCGGCAGCGGCAGCCAGAUCUCGGUCGUGGAGCUCAGGCCGCUCUGUGGCGCUCCCGUGCCGUCGCUGGGGGCCUUGUUUGACGACGAGAACAACGGCGAUGUCAAGGGCGUGUGGUCUACCAUGAGCAGCAACAACGACGCCAAGUUUCGCAACGGAUCGCUGAGCAACGGCAUCAAUCAAGGUAACUCUGGCGCAAGUGGCACGGGGACCAAUGGCGCAGCGGGUCUUGGCGGUACUGGUUCUGGUGCUGCUGGCGGCGACGGUGCGGUAGGAACCGCAUUUGCACAAACGGCAUCACCAGCACACGAGAGUCUUUUUGGCAGCCCGGCCGGGUCCUUGUUUGGCGACGACACCAUUGGCGGCAAUGGCAAUGUGUUUGGUGACGAUGACGACGACUUCAAUACUCACACCAUGGACAUGGACCUUAAUGGGGGAGGCGAGUCAAGUCAAAACGGUGGUGUGGCUGCUGGUGCUAGUGCGGAUGAUAUAGCUAUGGGUGGCACUGAUGAGGGACAGACUAAAGAUUCUGUCGGCGAUACUGCCAACAAUGGAGCCUCCGCCGCUCAACCUGCUACUGCAACCGCUACUGCCACAGGGGAUGACGCGGCCGGAGCAUCUCAAACAACAGUCUCGUCGGGCACAGAGCUGCCACCGUCUAUAGCACCGACGACGACAUCCGCAAUAGCAACCUCGUCAACAACCGAAAUUGACAUCAAGAAAGAACCAGCCUUGUCGUCCGAGCCAGCCAUCGCUGCCACCUCGUCUGCUACUGAAAAUAACACAGACCAACCGAAUAUUGUCUUCAACUCUGCUGCCCCGGCACACGCGGACCCUACCCAGAUGUCUGACCAGGUCUUCCUAUCAGCCUCGAUCGACGGCACGCUGCGUAUAUGGGAUCGACGCGUACCUCGCGAUCCCGUGGCCCGCAUUGGCACCCGCCCAGGCGUCCCGCCGUGGUGCAUGGGGGCAUGCUGGAGCCCCGAUGGCAACUGGAUCUACGCCGGCCGUCGCAAUGGCACCGUCGAGGAGUACAGUAUUCACAAGGCCAGGUCGGGCUGGGCCCCUGAGCGCGCUCUGAAGCUGCCCGCGGGGAGUGGUGCGGUAAGCGCCGUAAGGGCCAUGCCGAAUGGGAGACAUCUUGUUGUUGCGUCGCACGACAUUCUUCGUCUCUACGACCUUCGCGACAGCUCCGCCUUCAAGGGUUCGUCAGUCCCCUUCCUCAUCGUACCGGGUCCGCCCCGGGCAGGUGUCAUUGCGCAACUCUACAUCGACCCUUCGGCCCGCUUCAUGGUUUCCAUUGCGGGCACGCGCGGCUGGGACGGCACUUCAACCGAAUGCCUGGUGGGUUACGAGAUUAAUGUUGCCGGCUAGGGACCGGGCAGCCGGGCCGCGGCCAAGAUGGUAACAUGAGUCUGUUUGGCUGUCAGAGUAUCAGUCGUGUCUUCUCGAUAUACUUACUGUAUGCCUUUGCUUCAGUGUGUGUGUGUGUGUGUGUGUGUGUGUGCGUACUAUUUUUCUUGUAUGCCUGCCUGCUCAAUUUGUGCUGGAGCGUGGGUAUAUAAUAUAGCGCUUGUGUUUGGGCUUAUGAAG